CGGGUUAAGAAAAUAGCUAACAAAAUUUCACACUUACUUGAAAAUCCGUUGCUGCUACUCCACAGCCAACAACAUAACACUGGAGGAGCAACAUCACCGUCACCAUCAACAGCUGCUGUAUCGACACCGUCGACGUUAUUUACGUCUAACGUCGUUGUGGAGCGUAGCGAUUUCUUUAACGUGGCUUCUACCGACGGCAUCAGGACGCAGCACAGCAAAGUUCACCCAAGUCCAGGGGCAGGUACGGCCCGUAGUGUUUGGGCCCUGCCCCUGAACUAUGAUAGCUGUAAUAUGGUGGCAGAAGAGGAUAGUGCUGCUCACACGGAUCACGAGGUGGAUCCUCGACGACCACACUCCCCGCAUGUGGUAAAUGUGGGUAAUGGCGUCAAUGGUUCUCUGGUGGUUUCGAAUGCUUCUGGAGGUGCACCUGGCGAUAGUGGUGUAGUUUCCGGUCGUAGAGGUGAGGCGGUAGAUGAAAAUCUCUUGAUUUUUGAAGGAGCCGAUGGUACAGUGGCUCAUCUGGAUGAUAUUUUUGAUAUUAUCAAAAAUGGUGAAGUUAGUGAUGUGGAGAAUUUAACGGAUAAAUUUGGCAUUGAAUGUUUAUCGGCCCGAGACCGUCAUGGCUAUACACCUGCCCAUUGGGUGGCUCUGAAUGGUAAUGUGGAAAUGAUGCGUUAUCUCAUUGAAAGAUCAGCUCCUAUAGAUUUGCCCUGUUUGGGUACCCAAGGACCACGUCCCAUACACUGGGCUUGUCGUAAGGGUCAUGCUGCUGUGGUACAAGUUAUGCUGCAGGCCGGUGUUAAUGUUAAUGCUGCCGAUUUUAAAGGUUUAACUCCUCUACAUGUGGCCUGUAUGUAUGGACGCACUGCCACUGCCGCAUAUCUUUUGGGUAUGGGUGCUCUCAAUCAUUUGACUGAUAUUAAUGGCGAUACAGCUUUACAUUGGGCUGCUUAUAAGGGUCAUGCUGAUCUAAUGCGUUUGUUAAUGUACUCUGGUGUAGAAUUGCAGAAAACGGAUAAUUUUGGUUCCACACCCUUGCAUUUGGCCUGCUUGUCAGGCAAUAUGUCGUGUGUGCGUUUGUUGUGUGAAAAAUCCAAUUUAGAUUUAGAGCCUAGAGAUAAAAAUGGCAAAACUCCCAUUAUGCUAGCUCAGGCUCAUCAGCAUCAAGACAUUGUACGUCUAUUGUAUACGGAAGUUAAGAAAAAAUCACGCUGGAUGCCUUCGGUAUCGGAAAUUUGGGGUUGGUUGUUUGGUGGUGCUGGAGACUCAAAAGGCCCCUUGUUGUUGUUCUUAUUCUCGGUUUUACUAUGGGGUUAUCCCAUGUACAUGAUAAGGGCUAUUCCCAUUACUUGGAAUAUCCUAAGACGUUCUCAUUACUGUUUCAUCUAUUGGAAUGCUGUUAUGUGGAUUAGUUGGAUUAUUGCCAAUCGUCGUGAUCCUGGCUAUAUACCAUUAAGUUCAGAUGCUUAUUAUCGAGCCAUUAAACAGAUACCGUAUUUCGAUAAGCUGAAGAAGCGUAAUGUUAUACUGACACGUCUGUGUCAUAGCUGUCGUUGCUUGAGGCCACUGAGAGCUAAACAUUGUCGUGUAUGCAAUCGUUGUGUGGCCUAUUUCGAUCAUCACUGUCCCUUUAUUUAUAAUUGCGUUGGUCUACGCAAUCGUAUGUGGUUUUUCUUGUUCGUACUUUCGGUAGCGGUUAAUUGUUCUUUUACCAUCUAUUUCGCUUGCUAUUGCGUUAUGAUCGAAGGUUUUACUUUGCUCUAUGUUUUGGGUCUGGUCGAGGCUGUUGUGUUCUGUGGUUUGGGCUGGAUUUUAACCUGUACUUCGAUUCUUCAUGCCUGCAUGAAUCUUACUACCAACGAAAUGUUCAACUAUAAACGUUAUCCCUAUUUGCGUGACAAACGUGGCCGCUAUCAAAAUCCUUUCUCGCGUGGUCCCAUACUUAAUCUCUUGGAAUUCUUUGUUUGCCUACCCGAUCGCAGUGAUGACAAUGAUCUUCUUUUGGAGGAUAACAUUUGAUUAAGAACUUAGGAUAGAGCCCAUCAGGCACGACGCCGUAAAUUACCGCCUGCCAGAGGAUAAUAUUAGGCUUUGGAUUAGCAAUAAAGAAAAUCGGUUAAUUCGAGUGAUGUAACGGAGAUGGUUUUCCUUAAAUAUUGGCUUUAUAAUUAAAAAAAAUCUUAAGCUUACAAUUUUAAUCCUAAAAAAACAUAAACUGCACCAAAGAUAUCUAUGGCAUAACUUGUUUAUCAUGUUUAGCAAUCGUAUUUAGAGAUACUCUUCCAAUAAACGAGAUCAGCAGAAUGGAUAUCUCAAAAAUAUUUAUACACAAAAUAUAGCAUAAUUUUUUUAAAAUUAAUAAUCUUUACAACUAUAGCUUAGCAAAUGUCUUGUUAAUGUAUUUUUAAGAAUUUAAAAUAAAAUUUAUUAAAAAAAGAUUUUUUGU